GCUUGGACUCACUAUAAACUCUAAUAACGCCAUGACUGCCAUUAGCUCAUUCGACAUAGGUUCUAGUCACCCAGCAGCAGAGGCUCAAACGGUUAAAAACAACAAACCUUCAUUCUGUGUGUGAGCUGAGGACGGCAGACAGGUUCUCCUUCGUGCUUCAAGCUGAGGAUCUCUGCGGUAGAGAUGUUGAACAGACCACUAGCAGGAACAGGUGAAGAGGUGGGACCCCGGGGGUCCAUCAGGGUGAACGUGGAGCUGCAGUACAAGCUGGGAGAGAAGACCGAGGCACGGCUGCAGGAGAAGGGGGCACGGUGUAUCGAAGAGGUCACCAUUAGAGAGCAUUACUACGACACAGAGAGCUUCCACCUGGCUUCUCAGCAGACCUGGCUAAGCAAACAGGGCAGUCAGUGGAGAAUGAUCAUAGGUAACAAUCCAUACUCUUCCAACAAUAUGCCACCAGAGCCAGAGAGUCAGGCUGCUGGCUCUGGAUGUCCCUCUACAGUCUGGGGAGAGAAGCUAUGUGUGGAUAGAGAUGAAACAGAAGGGCCAAAGGGCUGUGAGGACAACCCCCUUUCUAUUCCAGAGAUAGGACAGAUCCAGGGUCAGCCCUGUCCUCCUGCACCCCAGUACAGGGAGCUGACUGGCCACACUCCCAUCAUCCAGCACCUGGCUCACUGCUUAGGGGUCCCAGUGAGAGAUCAGGAGAGCUGCAGCAGCACUGAGGCCAUGAAGGCCUUCCUGGAGCUGGCAGGGAUCCAGAGUUAUGGCAGCUGGACAAGGGCCAGGAGGAUGGAGUACAAGCUGCCUGGUGAUGACUGCACACUGGUGGUGCAGAAGAACCACAGCGUGGGAGGAUCUGCAAACAAUGAAACUGCACUGGUGUCCAUGAGGGCAGACAUUUUACAUAUUGGCCAUGAACUGGAGAAGAUGGAAAAAGUGGCUGCAGAGCUUGACCUAAGGCCCUUAUCUCCCAACUGACCAUGUUACAAGCUACUGUGUAUGGUUAUCUAAGCGUUUCAAACAGAAGUUCAUGGCAAGAGGACAAUUGACCCAAAUUAUUAAAUAUUUAUCUAGGUUGGUGUCUAAUCCAUUUUACAGUUCAGGUUGUUAUUUCCACCUAUGCAAGCCAUCAUGUGGAUGUUGUUAGUAGGCCCACCUACGAAUGAUAACAGCAUGCACAAGAUGAUCAACGUGUUGCAUGAUGCACUUGCUAUUGUGUUGCGCGAGAAAUCAUUACCGCAAUGCCUGUGGAUAAAAAAAAGUCAGUAGCUAGGUUUACAUCCAAUUUGCGACAGAUUUUCAUGCGAAUAUUCUAAAAUCUACAUAAAAUAAAAUUUUCCCAAUAGAGAUGUUUCCAUCAAACUGACUUAUUGUGGACAAACGUCUGUGCAUGAUGACAUAGGGCACAUAAAAAUACCUUUUGAGGUUACAUUUCCUAUGUAGUAAUGAAAAAUAUAAGUUAAAUGGGUUCUGAUCGCAUUUUCAACACAACUGAUGGGUUUUGUCACAAACUGUCGUUAUAUAGCAAACGUGCCCACUCUGGCCUUGGCACGUGCGCUCUAGCCAACACCUUACAGAUACAGUACGGGUAGGUUACCUACAUUUAAAGGAGCAUCAAACAUAUCAAGUGCACUUUCACCACCCUGUGAGUUUGUUAUGUUCUGUUAAUUACUGAUGUCCCCUUUAAGAGCGGAGCGCCCUUGGUCAUGCGCAGUCUUUUGCUCUGUUAUUCUUGUACUAACUAGUUUUAGUAAUUUUGAAGCUACAGUUCAUUUUAUUGUAUUCGGAGUCUUUCUUGUUAUAUAAAUUAGUAAUAAGAGCUAAGACACUACAACGUUAAUAACAUUUCAUGUGUAGCCUAAUAAACUGCUUGGCUUCCCGAGUCGUAUUGGGA